AUGCUUGAAGCCUUAAAGUUUCCAAAAAAUUUUACCAAUCUUAUUAUGGAGUGUGUUACUACGACUCUGUUUUCUUUCUCCAUUAAUGGUGCUCAUCAUGGUUUUCUUCAAGCUAAAAGAGGUUUACGUCAAGGCGAUCCAAUCUCGCCUCUUCUUUUUGUGAUUGGUAUGGAGUAUUUGACUAGAAUCUUAAGCAAGGUGGCUAAGGCGGCUGAGUUUAAAUUUCAUCCUCGAUGCCAAAGUUUAAAGCUCACUCAUCUUUGUUUUGCGGAUGAUCUUCUUUUAUUCUGUAAAGGAGAUUACAUUUCUGCUCACUUAUUGUUGAAAGGUUUUAAAUUGUUUUCUAAUUCCUCUGGUCUCAAAGCGAAUAUCAGUAAAUUCGCGGUCUAUGGGGCAGGUAUGAAUUCGAAUACUAUAGAUAGACUUGUGGCUUUAUCUGGUUUUCAGAAAUGUAGCUUGCCUUUUCAGUAUCUAGGCAUGAAGAUUUGUGCUAAAAGGAUCUCUAAAGCUGACUGUGUGAGUUUGGUGGAUAAGAUGGUUAGUAGGAUUAGAAUUUGGAGCAGUAGGAAUUUGUCUUAUGCUGGUAGAAUUGUGUUAAUAAAUUCAGUUCUUCUUUCUAUAAACUCCUACUGGUCUCAAUUAGUGAUUCUCCCUCGUUCAAUUUUCCAAAGAAUUAUACAAGUUUGUAGAGCUUAUUUGUGGAAAGGGGUUGAUUGGAGUUGUAAUCCGGGCCAUGUUUCUUGGUCUGUUAUCUGCCGGUCUAAAUCAGAGGGAGGAUUGGGGUUUAGAGAUAUUGCCUUAUGGAAUUUUUGUGCCAUGGGUAAACAUGUUUGGGAUAUUUCCUCUAAGAAGGACAACUUAUGGGUUAAAUGGGUGAACACAAUCUACAUUAAACAAGGAGAUUGGUGGAAUCAUGUAGCGCCGAUAGAUGCUAGCUGGUAUUGGAAACGGAUAGUACAAGUGAAAGAUAAACUCAAAUCUGUGUUUUCUCACCAAGAGUUUCACAGGUUCAAUUUUACUAUAGCGUCUCUAGUGUCUAAAUUGAAUAUAGUUGCUGGCAGGUGGCAGUUUGCUAUGAUUUGGGACAGAUUUUCUUAUCCCAAACAUAGAGUUAUUAUUUGGCUAGCUCUCCUUGACAGAUUACCGACUCUUGAUAGAAUUCAGAGAUAUAAACCUCUUCAGAGUCUUGUUUGUUUGCUGUGUGGGAAUGCUGUAGAGUGCCACUCGCACCUGUUUUUCUCUUGUUGUGUUAGUUCUAAAAUCCUGGUUGAGAUUAUGCAGUGGUGUAAUAUAGCUUAUCAAGGGAAUAAUCUCAAGUACCUGCUGAAGUGGAUUGGGAAAAAAAAAAUUUCUCAAGGCAGAAGGAAGAUUUUUAUCAGCAUAAUUUCGGCUUUGGUUUACCAUAUUUGGCACAGUAGAAAUUAUGUUUUGUGGAACCAGAUUAGUAUUCCAAUUGUUGUAAUUGUUAGGAAUAUUAUUCAUAGUGUGUGUGAGAGGCUUUUUAAUAUAAAUUUCAGUAAGUUCAAUAGGGUAGAUCAGAAUUGGGUGGAAUCUCUUCUGAGAGUUUGUAAUUAA